UGCAGCACUCACUGCACUCAUCGUCUGUUACUUAAGCAUAAUUAUUUUCUUCUCUAUACUAACUAUGAUGUUAAUGGCCAACACAGGUGGAUGGUCGCUUUACUUCCUGGUUGCUGUAAUUCCAGGUGUCCUCCUACAGACAGACAACAGCUCCAUCCAACCCAGCCCUAAUUUUGAGCUGCCCUCUGAGACUCACAUUGACCAGCCGGUGUUGCAUCACUCCGAGUCUGUUCCUCCAAUAGGAACCUACAUGCUGAAAAACCAUGUUGGGAAACCUUGUAUCAAAGCCACCAUGGGAGCAGAGUACAUUGUCACUGAGAAAAAGAUGACUUGGUAUUUCAACCUGGACCCCUCCAGGGUCAGGAUCGAUGGUAACUGUAGCAAAGAAGCUGCUGUACUCUCUCUCACGCUGCCAGACAGAGCUGCCAAUCUGCAGUUCAACUUCAGAAAGGAAAAUAGCUUCUUUUCUGUCACCGAGCUGACUGCUCAAAUAUCUCCCCUGCCUGUCUGUCAAAGAUGUGCCAAUAAGACUUACUCGGGUUUGUUGGCCGAUGACAAGCUGUUCACAGCAGCUAUCGGACAGAGCUUCAGGUGCAAAUCUGAGAACCUGCUUGAGAUGUCGUCCGAGCUGAAGAUCAAGCUGGUUCCUCUGCAGAUGCAGGCGUUCACUCUGCCUGAGGGACGGUAUGGAGAAGAGGUGGAGUGUUGGGUCGACAUUAACAAGCAAGUUAUUCCAGUCAUCGUCGGGGCCAUAGUGGUGGGUCUCAUUCUGAUUGCUGUGCUGACCUUCCUGGUAAUUAAAGACCGCCGCAGAGGAGGAUAUGACAGGUUGUGAGCUCUGUGAGAAACUGAAUAGAGACUUACGCCACCUCAAAUAAUAUUUAAUUCUCAGUUACUGUUAUAAAAAGUUUUCAGAUCUGCUCUCUCAGUCUGACAUGUCCUAUUAAAAUGAAAGUGUUGUUAAAUUAAUUCAUUUGACUUUCCUUUCCUUGAUUUUUAUUAAGAAUAUAUAUUUUUUUAUCUCCUAUUCUCUUCUAUAUCAAUUAUAUUUCACAUAUCAUUUCAGUUUUACUCUGCUUUCAGUAGUAACUUUUGUUCCCCUCUGUUUGUUGUAAUUGCAUUAUGUGCUUUAUCAUAACCCUGAGUGUUGCAGAAUAAACUAUUGCAGCUCUAUUAUCCUUUACCAGUUAAUUUGGGUUGACUAAAGUAAACAACAUGACACUUAAAAAACUGCAAAAAUAAUAUGUAACUCAAAUAUAUUAUAGUGGCACCAGUAUAGAUGUUAAAUAUGUGUUUUUCAACUA